UAAUGGUGUUGCUUAACAAUAGAUAUAUGUAUUAUGAGAGAGAUUUCUUAGGGGAAGGUUCUUAUGGCAAGCUAUAUAAAGGGAAGGAUACUAAAACUUAAGAAGAAAUUGCUAUAAAAAGUAUCCAUAUAUCGUUAUUGAAAAGUAUUUGAUCUUACAAAAAUGGAGGGAGUUGAAUUAGAAUUACUGGAAACGGAAAUAGCUACAAUGAAAGACUUAUAGCAUCCAAAUAUAGCAAAAAUUAUUGACAACUUUAAGUUACCUCCCAAAAAUAUGGUAAUUCAUAGCCUAUAAUCAUAGGUUAUAAUUUUAGAAUUAUGUGAUGGAGAUUUAAACAAAUUAAUGAAAAAACAUGGAGGAAAAUUACCAGAAUCUGUUGCUCAGACUGCUUUAACUUAAUUGAUGGAAGGAUUUAAAUUUAUGAUAAGCAAAAAUUAUAUACAUAGAGAUGUUAAACCUGCUAAUGCAUUGACAAAAGGAGCUGUUUAUAAGGUUUCUGAUUUUGGUUUUGCUGGAAAAGUCAAUGUUAGAGCUAAAUAAAAAUUGGAUUUAUAUUGUGGAACUCCAAUUUAUGAGGCACCUUAAAUUUUGGCAAUGACCCCCUACACAGCUAAAUGUGACCUAUAUUCAAUAGGGGUUAUGGCAUAUGAGUUAGUUUAUGGAUAGUUUCCUUGGUCUAAUAGAGCAGGAGACGAGCAACUUUUGAAAAAUAUUAAAAAUGUCCCAUUAAGAUUUCCUGUUGAUAUCAAAGUUUCAGAAUAAUAUAAAGAUUUCUUAAAAAGAUGUUUAGAAUUUGAUGAAAAUAAACGUAUUGAAUGGGAAGAGGCCUUUAAUCAUCAAUUAUUUAAGGUUUAAGAAAGUUAAAAAUAAUAUGUAUUAAAACAUUCAAUAAUAAUUAGGAUUCAUUUAAAGUGCCAUAAAAUGCUAAGGAAUUAUUAGGAUAAUUGCAAAAGAUAUCUUAAGCUAGAGAUAUUAAUGUUCUUGAAUUAUUUGAAAGAUAUGAUACUGAUAGAAGUCUUUAAUUGGAUAGAAAUGAAUUCUAUUUAUUCAUUUUACAAAUUGAUCCAAGAUUAACAAGAGAAUAAACAACUUUGAUUUUUAAGAUUAUGGAUAAAAAUGGGGAUGAUUUGAUAUCACUUGAUGAAUUCAAGGAAAUCUUUUGCAAUUAUGAAUUCAUUAAUAUAGCUGAUAAGGCUGAAAGAAUCAUUAUUGAUUUAAGAGAAGUUGUAAAAGCCAGAAAAUUAAAUUUAGAUUAAUUAUUUAAAAGCUUUGAUUAACAAAGUGAUGGUAAACUUAAUCAAUAAGAAUUUACAUAAUUUAUUAAGUAAUUAGCUCCAGGUUUGAAAUAAGAUGAGAUUGAUGAAAUAUUCAAGAAAUUUGAUAAAAAUUAUGAUAGAGAAAUAACUUUUGCUGAAUUCAAAGAGUAAUUAGUGGCAGGUACUCAAUUCGAUUUAAAAUUUGACCCAGAGCAAGAAAGAGCAUAAGUAUUAUAAUAAAUAUAUAUUAGAAAUUAUUAAGUGAUUUAAAAAGAAUAGUCAGAACAAGUGGUAGUAAUCCAUAAUAAAUUUUCAAUAAUUUUGAUAAAAAUAGAAGUGGUAAAUUAGAAUUCAAUGAAUUCUAAAACAUUUGUAAAAUAAUUGAUAGAAAUAGCACACUUGAAAUUGAAAAGGUUAUGUUUUAAAUAGUAAACAAAUCAAAUAGUCAAGGAAUUUCAUUUUCAGAUUUUCAGUAAAUAUUUUAAUGA